AUGCGGCGGUCCGCCUCAUCCGUGAUUUCACGACCGACGCCGGAGCCGGAUGUCUCCGAACAUUUUCGACGAUCACUGAGCGGGUCUCUGCUGCAUCGUAAGAACAGUCAGACGAUCGGACUACGACAAACGCCGACGUGUAGUGCAAGUCCGUUGCAAAAAAUCAUUGUCAAUAAUUCUGGAGUUGAAAUAGAAGAUCAUUUCCGAAAAGCACUUGGAGAAGAGGCGUAUGAGCAACUGCGACGAAGUCGUCAAGCUUUUUGA